ACAAGGGGAAAUAUCUCCAGAGCCUCUGCAAGCUCUCUGGGGAGCAAAACGCCGUUUUUACCAAGCGGAGAGGCAAAGGACCAAGAACAAAACCAAAAGAGGAACUUAGGAGCAGCCUACUAAAGAAAGUUAAGACCUGUAUCUGAAAAGAGUAAGUUACACUAAGGAGCCUAUAGUGAAGUGGACUUCACUUUACUCUUCCCCAAUAGGAAGCAAAUUAAUAAGGACAAGUAGGGGAGCUAACAUUGCUGUUCAGCUUCUUCUCUGGACUUUCAACACUCUCUGGCUUCCAUCUGGGUUUUAAGCCAGGAUGCCCUCCAAUGGCAGUAAAGCUCUCAAGCUACAAUUUGGGCUUAUCAAUUACGAGAAUCGCUAUCUAACAGCAGAGGCCUUUGGCUUCAAGGUGAACGCUUCAGCUCCAAGUCUAAAGAAGAAGCAGAUUUGGACUCUGGAGCAGGAUGAGCAGGACGGUCAGGUGAUUUACCUGCGCAGUCACCUGGGGCGCUACCUGGCUUCCGACAAAGAUGGCAAGGUAAGCUGUGAGGCUGAAACCAAAGAGAACGACUGCCGCUUUCUGAUUGUGGCACAGUCAGACGGGCGCUGGGCCUUGCAGUCCGAGCCAUAUCUGCGCUUCUUCGGAGGUUCAGAGGACUACUUGUCUUGCUUUGCUCAGACCAUUGGUGAGGCAGAACUAUGGGCCAUGCACCUGGCCCUGCACCCACAGGCAAAUCUGCUCAGUGUGGCCCGGAAACGCUAUGCCCACCUAGCAUCUCCAGAGGGAGAGAUUGCUGUGGACAGCAACAUCCCUUGGGGUGUGAAUGCUCUUUUAACUCUUGUGUACAUGGAUGGCAAAUAUUGUCUUAAGACCAGUGACAGCCGCUUUCUGAGCAAUGAUGGGAAACUGUCUUCUGAAAAUGGUCGUGGGACAGGCUACACUUUGGAACUGAAAUCAGGCAAGUUGGCCUUCAAGGACUGUGAGGGGAAGUACUUGACCCCCAUGGGGCCCACUGGAACUCUGCGCUCUGGACGCUGCUCCAAACCUGGCAAAGAUGAGCUGUUUGAUCUUGAGGAAAGCCAUCCGCAAGUGGUGUUUCAGGCCUCCAACAACAGAUUUGUUUCCAUCAGACAAGGAGUGAGUGUCUCAGCCAAUCAGGACGAUGAGACAGACAUGGAGACAUUUCAAAUGGAAAUUGAUAAAGACACAAGAAAGUGCAAAUUCAGAACUAACGAAGGGAAUUACUGGACGCUUGUCACUCAUGGAGGCAUCCAGUCAACAGCCACGGAAGUCGUUGCCAACACCAUGUUUGACAUAGUGUGGCUCGGUCGACGGGUGGCACUGCGAGCCAGCAAUGGAAAAUACGUAUGCACUAAGAAAAAUGGCCAGCUUGCUGCAGUCAGUGACUCUGUGGGUGAGGACGAGCAGUUGAUUCUGAAGCUGAUCAAUAGGCCCAUUCUGAUCCUGAGGGGAGAGAAUGGUUAUGUUUGCCACCACAAGAACUCUAAUACACUGGACGCCAAUCGUUCAGUCUAUGAUAUAUUUACACUGCAGUUCAAUGACGGUGCAUACCACAUUAAAGGUGCUGGUGGAAAAUUUUGGUAUGUAUCCAACAGUGGCUUGGUGUGCACUGAUGGAGACACACCUGAAGAUUUCUGCUUUGAGUUCUUAGAGCAUGGUCGGAUAGCUAUAAGAGGCAAAAACGGCAAAUAUCUGCGUGGAGACCAAGGAGGCAAUCUGAAAGGAGAUGGAGAGAUUGCAGACAACUCUUCCCUCUGGGAAUACUGACACCAUGU